GUGACUCUCCUCCAGCUUGGAGUCAGCGUGUGCACGCCGUCGUCUUUCUGGCCGGUUUGCGACCGCAGUCUGCUGACUUCGACUAGAUGGCAACCUCGGCGUGUUCCCGGACCACCAGACGUUAGCGAAGAGAGGCUGCCGGAGAGCACAGGACAUGAUGAAGUUGCUGCUCAUCUUCGUCCUCUCGGGUGCAUCCUGCCCGCUCACCCUCGCCACCAUCAGCGCAUCAAAUGAGUUUGUGUCCUUGGCGGAGAUGGAGGACGCCUUGCUGAAAAAUCUCUUCCAAGGGUACCAGCGCUGGGUGAGGCCCAUCCAGCACGCAAACGACACCAUCAGAGUCCGCUUCGGACUCAAGAUCUCCCAGCUGGUUGAUGUGGAUGAGAAGAACCAACUCAUGACAACUAAUGUUUGGCUCUGGCAGGAGUGGAUUGAUUUCAAACUGCGUUGGAAUCCAGAAAAAUAUGGUGGCAUCACCUCUAUACGAGUUCCUUCAGAAAACAUUUGGCUCCCUGACAUUGUGCUCUAUGAGAACGCUGACGGGCGGUUCGAAGGCUCCCUGAUGACCAAAGCCAUUGUCAAGUACAACGGGGUUAUCACCUGGACACCACCAGCCAGUUACAAGUCUGCCUGUACCAUGGACGUCACCUUUUUCCCUUUCGACCGGCAAAACUGCACAAUGAAGUUUGGCUCUUGGACCUACGAUGGCAACAUGGUAGACCUGGUUUUGAUUGACAACCACGUGGAUCGAAAGGACUUCUUCGAUAAUGGCGAAUGGGAGAUUCUUAAUGCCACAGGGGCAAAGGGAAACAGAAAGGAUGGCCUGUAUUCCUAUCCCUUCCUCACAUACUCCUUCAUUCUGAAGAGGUUGCCGUUAUUCUACACGCUUUUCCUCAUCAUCCCUUGUCUGGGGUUGUCUUUCCUGACGGUACUGGUGUUCUACCUUCCAUCCGAUGAAGGGGAGAAGCUGUCGCUCUCUACCUCCGUCCUCGUGUCACUCACUGUAUUCCUCCUCGUCAUUGAAGAGAUCAUCCCUUCUUCUUCCAAAGUCAUCCCGCUUAUCGGCGAGUACUUGCUCUUCAUCAUGAUCUUUGUCACACUGUCCAUCAUUGUUACUGUGUUCGUCAUCAACGUGCACCACCGAUCUUCGGCCACCUACCACCCUAUGUCGCCAUGGGUUCGCAGCCUCUUUCUUCAAAAGCUGCCUAGGUUGCUUUGUAUGCGAGGUCACAUCGACCGUUACCACUACCCGGAGCUGGCUCCAGAAAGUCCCGAGGUGAAGCCACGAUCCGGAGGGCGGAGAGGAGGCCAGAAGGCAAGUGGAGGACAGACUGCUUCCGAUGGAAAGGAGGAUGAGGCCUGGGCCACCAUGUUGGAGAAAGCCAUCUACUCAGUACGCUACAUCAGCAGACACAUCCGAAAAGAGCAUUUCAUUCGAGAGGUGGUCCAAGACUGGAAGUUUGUUGCCCAGGUGCUAGACAGGAUCUUCCUGUGGGCAUUCCUGACUGUCUCCAUACUUGGCACUAUCCUUAUCUUCACUCCAGCUCUCCAUAUGUUCCUCAAAAUCCCUCAACCAAUUCCAAGUGAGGAUCCUACUUCAACCUCACAACUUUAGCACAGAGCCCUGACGUUUCAGUCUAUCAACUACAAACAAUAAUUCUAUCAAAGGAUCCCAGCUGUCCUUAUAAUAAUUAUUUGUUGCACUUAUUUAUCACACACUGGUCUUCCAUGCAACUCUGCCUGUCUAAAACGCUUCUCUCUCCUGUCAAUGUCUUCCUAUUCAAUGUCUUAUUGGUCUUGAGACUUGUUUUUUGGCAUAAAGUAUACACACACACACAUUCUUAGUCAAAACUAUUAGGAUUAGCAUUGAUGAGUUCUUAUGUAAAUGGAAAUUCAAGUAGUGAACUCAGCAUGAAUUACCUUUGAAGAACACAUUUUGAUUGGCCAAUUUUCGUCUCCCAGUUUAGAUGACAAAAGCUGAUUUUUUAAGUCAAAAUAAAUACAGUAUAGACAAAUAUUGCGUUAACUACUUAGUGAUUUCCAGCAUUUGAACUCAGUCACUAUAGUGUAUAGCAGCUAUCACCAACUGUGGUAAAGUCAGAUAUUCUACUGGUUCGAAAAUUACUCACUAUUCAGCCAUGAAUAAGUCUUAUAUUCUGUUGUUUUGAAUCAGCUUUGUGAGACUGAGAAGUGUGUGCAUUAAAUUUGUUUGUAUAAAAUGUAUAGAAUGUUUACUGGAGGUGAAUUUAACUGGCCAUGUACAAUUGUCAGUAUGUAACUGCACCCCUUAGGGUUGACAAUAACAUGCAACAUCUUUAUUUUUAGUGUUUUAUAUUUAGUAAAUCUAAAAAAUACAACAACAAAAAGUCAUUUUGAUUUCUGAGGGUGAUUCUUUAAUUUCUGUUGUCCAUAAAAAUAGUAUUAAGAACUCAGUACUCAGUAGAGUUAUAUGACUUGCGAAGGCAUGAUAAUUACUAUCAUUGUUUACAUUUGUUGCUGUUUCAACACUCUUGAACAAUUUCACUCAAUUUACAGAGCAGUACUGCUACAGAAUGUGGCAACACAAAAAUGAGUCAGCAUGUUUUCCAGCAAAUCUAAACAGUUUUUCUGCUUUGGUAUCAAAUACACAAUGGUCAAUUUUAGCAAGCAAAGUUCUAACAGAUAUAUCUUCAUGUGACACUGUUGAAAUGACAAUAUAUCUAGAUUAUCAAUUAUAUUACAUGGAUACAUAUUUAACUCUCAUUUGCAUCUAUGGGGCACAUUUAGAACCCAAACAUUAAGCAUUGUGCCAAUAAGCCCGCUAUAAGCCAUAUUAUAAUCAUGUUUGUCAACCCUCAUUUCAUUUGUCGACUUGUCUCCUAUUCGCGUCCUCCUGUCUGGCUGUCCAAGUGAGCUCGAGUAUUGCGCAACAUCUCCAUGUACAGUCUGUUGUUCUCACUGCAACAUCAAUAGAAAGUUGUUAUUUAUGAGACUGUUGUUAUUAUCAUAUAAUGUAUUAUAAAUAUGAUGUCAGCCCCAGGCAUAAUAUAUAAAUAAAAUAUCAGUCAAGAAAUACA